GCGGCUCCCCCGACUGCGAAUGCUGCGCUUGGCGACCCGUUUGAUCUCUAACACAUAAAAAUCUUCGACGGCAGCUCUACACGCCUUCCCAAGACCGCGCGCACCCGUUCACGCAACACCAUGUUCCGCCACGGCGCUCGCAACUUCGCGACAAGCGCACGGCGCCUGGCUGUUGCCGCCGCCGCCGCCGCCGCCGCCGAGCCGACGCAGCACCUGAUCGCCGUGUCCAAGGCCCAGGGGAUUGCGAAGGGGUUGACGGGAGCCAUCGGCAACACCCCGCUCAUCCGACUCAACCGCCUCUCCGAGCAGACCGGGUGCGAAAUCCUCGGCAAGGCCGAGUUCAUGAACCCGGGCGGCUCCGUCAAGGACCGUGCGGCGCUCUACGUGGUGCGGGACGCCGAGGAGCGCGGGCUGCUCCGGCCCGGCGGCACCGUGGUCGAGGGCACGGCGGGCAACACGGGCAUCGGGCUGGCCCACGUCUGCCGCAGCCGGGGCUACAAGCUGGUCAUCUACAUGCCCGACACGCAGUCGCAGGGCAAGAUCGACCUGCUGCGGCUGCUGGGCGCCGAGGUGUACCCGGUCCCGGCGGUGGCGUUCGACAACCCGCAGAACUACAACCACCAGGCCCGCCGGCACGCCGAGCGGCUCGACAACGCCGUCUGGACCAACCAGUUCGACAACACGGCCAACCGGCGCGCCCACAUCGAGACCACCGGGCCGGAGAUCUGGAACCAGACCGCCGGCAAGGUCGACGCCUUCACCUGCGCCACCGGCACCGCCGGCACCCUCGCCGGCAUCACCCGCUACCUCAAGGAGGUCUCGGGCGGGAGGGUCAAGAGCUUCCUGGCCGACCCCCCCGGGAGCGUGCUGCACUCGUACGUCAGCUCCGGCGGCAAGCUGAUCGAGCGGACGGGCUCCAGCAUCACCGAGGGCAUCGGCCAGGGGCGCAUCACGGACAACCUGGCGCCCGACGUGGGGCUGCUGGACGGCUCGCUCUUCAUCAGCGACGAGAAGAGCAUCGAGAUGGUCUAUCGCUGCCUGGACGAGGAGGGGCUGUACCUGGGCGCCAGCUCGGCGCUCAACGUGGUCGCGGCCAAGGAGGUGGCCGAGAAGCUGGGCAAGGGGCACACGGUCGUGACCAUCCUGGCCGACGGCGCGUACCGGUACGCCGACCGGCUGUUCUCGAGGAAGUGGCUCGAGUCCAAGAACCUGCUAUCGGCCAUCCCGGAGCAUCUGCAAAAGUACAUUGUCUUGCCGUAGACUAGCCUCCGCGCGCGCCCCCCCCCCCCCC